AUGGAUGAAAAUCAGCGAAAUGCUCAACUAGAAAAUGAAAUUAAUAAAUAUGAUUUACACUCAAAAAUCGAUCUAUCUUUUCAUCAACUUACCGAUUAUGAUAUGAAUAUUGUAAUUAAACAAGCAAUCAUUGACAAACAAUGUAAAACACUCUUAUUAAAUGAUAAUUUAAUUAGUUCCGAAGGUGCUACAAUUCUUGCUAAUGCAUUAAAUAACAAUAAAACAUUGAAGGAAUUAAAUCUUUGGAAUAAUAAAAUAUCUGAUGAUGGUGUGUCGGCUUUAGCUCGAGUAUUAUCAAACAACAAUGAAACUCUUCGAAGUCUUGCUUUAGGACAAAAUCAAAUUUCCGAUGUUGGUAUGCAACAUUUAGCUGAAAUGCUUAAAACAAAUCAGACAAUAUCUCGUCUUUGGUUAUUUUCUAAUGAAAUAACUGAUAAUGGAGUGAAAAUAUUAGCUGAUGUACUUGUUCAUAAUAAUCAAAAUUUACAAUGGCUUGAUCUACGUUUAAAUAAAUUAAUGACUGAUUUAUGUUUUGAUUCUAUUCAUAAUAUACUCAAAUAUAAUCGAACAUUGAAAAAAUUUUGGAUGGAAUAUUGUAAUCUUUCAUGGCAAAUUAAAGCAAAAAUUCGAGAAAUUGCUCAAAAUAAAGAAGAUUUCAAUUUUGGAGCCUAA